AACGCAAGGCAUGAUGGGAGUGGCUACGAUUCAAACAUGGCGAGCUCCACGGAACGAGAAGGGAAAAACAAAAGUUGCUCAGACACGGAUCUCUUACUGCACCCCGAGCUCCUGUCUGAAGACUUCAUGCAGCUGCUCCUGAGCGAGAAAAAGAUCAGCACCAGAGGCUGUGAGAGCCGGGACCGGCUGACAGAGCUCUACCUGCGGCAUGUGAUGCCGCUCCCGCAGAGGACUUUACCCGACAGCCGCUGGGGCAGGAGGGUGGAGAGGACCAGAGGCAGACAGCACGCACCAGACAGCUCCAGCAAUGACCACAUAAGGAAGAGACCCCUGAUCGUGUUUGAUGGCAGCUCCUCUCACUCUGCCCCACUGAAAGUGAGGAAACCGGAGGCAACCACGGUGUCAACGGGGAUCACUGACCGGUUAAAACCUCCUCCAGCCACAAACCUGUCCAAUCCCAUCCGGAAGUUGUCCGGCACCACACCUUCCUCUUCGUCAUCCUCCCACGUCAGCAGCAAUCAGAUGCCGAACCUCAAACGAGAAGCAAACAGCUCGGAUGGACUGAAGUCUCCAGAGGUGAAGAAAAAGAUCCAGCAUGUCACGUGGCCCUGACAUCUGAACCGUGUCCAUAUAGACCUGAUGAGAACCCAGGCUCAGGAGGGCAGAUCGCUGCACCCCCGAGACUUCACUACACACUGAUUGAUGUUACCUGUUAUCUUCGCUUUCCUAUUCACAGACGUUUUCCUGCUCAUUGCAUUAAAAAAAAAUAAGAGGUGGAAACCCUUUUAGCUGUGUUUCUCUCACCCAUGUUACAGCCCUCUUUCUAAUCCGAGAGCAAAAACUGCACUGACAGAAUAGGGUUGUGCACAGAAGACGGUCGGUCGGCUGCAAUCUGAUUCUGGAGGAAUGAGCUUCCUUGUUACUUCCCACACCCUCAAGUGCCCUUACCGCCAACAAUCAGCAGCUCCUUUCAGGUCUCAUACAUGGACACACUCUGGAGGAAAUAGGAGGCAGAGGAUGUUUGUUUUUUAGAUCUCCCCCUCCCCCUCUCUCUUUUUCUGUCUUUGAAAAGAAAUGGUUCCGAUACGAGCAGCCCUCCAGCACUGGGUCAUCAUAUCAGAGGGUGAAGAGUUUCUUAGCCAGGAUUUUAUUUAUUAUGAUACAUGGUGUUAAAAAUGGAAAUCUUUUCUCUUGAAUGGGCAAAUCUUUUUGUGAAACUGAUAAUGUAUAAUCUCAGUUGUCUGGACCUCAGACAUCCAGAGUGGCCAGUGUACCAAACAGGCAUCAUGAGCAAAAGAUGGCGCUGCAAACACAGAGUAUUUUAUUCAUCGUGUGUAACACUUAGAAUUCCCUGGUUGGUACGUACAGAUUAAGGAAUAUAAAUCACAGCCUAGACUGGAUUAGCUUUUCAGAAUGUGUGUGUGUGUGCAUAUUUCACAUUUUGAAUUGUUACUGGUUAAACAAAGUUAUGCUGUGUGUAAAUUGGCCAGGGAUUUGGCUGCUGGUGUAGUGUAGUGAUGAAUGCUGUAUAUAAAAUAGAACUGGAGUGACUUUUAUGCAGUUGGGACAUCCAUUUGGACACCAGAUGGACAUGAAGACAUUAAUGUAUUUAAACAUCACUUUUAUGCAUUCAUCAGCGUGUAAAGAACACCAAGUAAAUAAAGGCAACCGUCUUUUUGAAUUGUUUUUUUAUUUGGAUUUUAGAUGAAAAGACUUUGCAGGCAAUGUCUUUGAAAAUGUCUGAUGUUGACAGAGUUGACACUUUCAUCAAGUGACUCGCAUAGGAGCAAGAUUUACUAGGUCUUUUGAAUCUAAUGUCCAAUCCAAUGUCAAAUUUUUACUGCUUGUUUCUUUUUUUUUUUUUAAAUAAAGUCUUAAUCUGAAUACAAAAAAUCAUGAUUGUUUGAUUAAAAUGCCAGAAUAUCUUACCAAUUACUGAUAUGCCUCUAUUGUUAUUCACUUAUGGGAACUGAAUUUUAUUGUAGAAUCAAUAAUAAAAGGAAAUGAGGUUUUUGUUAUG